GGCGACAACGAAACAAGCAGUAAGUCUGGGGAAACUUCUCAUUCUCAGAACGUCACUUCAACAGCUGAACCGUCGGGCACCAUUCCCUGCAGAAAACAUAAACAAUCGUCAAAGAGAUUUAUUUGGCGAGAUGACGAUCGUGCGAAGAAGGAAGAAAAGAUCAACAUACGCUGUAAAAAAUUGUACGAUAUUUAUUCCAGACCCCUGUUGCGCUACUCUGUUUCUUCCUCCAAUUCAGACCCCUGCAAUGGCAAUAUUAUGGUUCCUCCUAUAAUUCUUUGCUUCUUAUUGAUAGGAAUUUGAAACGACUAGCGAAGAUAGCUUGUUCAUGAGUUGAUGGAGAA